CUUGUUUUCUUUUCUAGAACGUGUUUUAACAUGAUGCUUCUCACCUUGGACCCUGUCUCGGUAGCGAGCGGUGUGGGAAUUGCAGAGCCGCAGCCACAGCCGUAGCCGCAACCGCAGGAUGGAGUCGACGGGCCUUUGGGAUCAUGCCAGAAGUGAAAAAGCACGCCAGACCAGGCCAGGCGAGGCUCAAAAUGUGGGCCUUGUAGAUAGAAAGUGAUGAAGAGAAUCGGAAGAGGCCGGACACGAUUCAUAUGAGACUGGAGAGUCCCUCGCGGGUUAUUCUCUUGAGACUCUAGAGAGUUGUCAUCGUCGGUAGGAUCGGAGCCGAAGUGGGCAUCGUGAGCCAAAUGGAAUGCAGCAGUAACUUUCUUUUUUAUUUAUUUUUACACUGCCGGUUGGUUGGGUCGCAUUAUCUACUGCAUCGUCGACUGUGGCUGCAUACUGUUGCAUGCCGUGCUAUUUCCGAGCCUUGGUAAAUCAGUGGUCUGGAAACCCACAUGAGUCGACUUAUAGUCUUAUUCUGGGAGGAAAACAUCAAACAAUGGAGCUCGCAGGGUUUGAGGAGAACUGGGAAUAGAGGCAGGUUGGUUUGAUGACGGCGUUGGGCCUCCGUCGGCCUCUUUGCUCGAGACUGCCCUCAACAUCAUGAGAUUUAGAUUCUACUCAUUCAUCUCCCACGAUUGUGAGGCAUAUAUCUUGACGAUGCCACCAUUAACACUUGUCUGAUUAAGCUUCUGAAGGAGAGAAACACCAGUAAACCCAUUCAUUGCAAAGCCUAGACCCUGAUCACAGAUCGCUACAGGUUUAAAAAAGGGGGCCUCUCUGGCUCCCGAUCUUAACCCUUGCCAAACUGUGGAUUCAACGGCCGUUCCGUACGGGGCAUCGCUCGGCACCGGGACGGUACUUGUCACCUUAUGCUCAGCUCAUGAAUAUCAGUCAGUGUGAGUCUCAGUCUCAUAUCUGUGGCUGUAUGUACUACGCACGAAGAUCCGUAUUAUUUCCUAGGCGCCCGGCAUUCGGCAUUUUGCAAGAUUACGCCCUGAUGCAACACCACAGCAAUCAAUACUUGUACACAGUUUGACAGUCACCGCCAUCAAAUCAAUCUCUUUCUUUGACUCGUCACCACGUAGUAAACUAUGUAAUAGUCUGGUGCUCAUGGCUGGCUGCACAACUGCACGACCUCUACUCAAGAGAUCGGCAUUUGCUUAUGCUCACUUCGUCAAUUCAGCUCACAAGAGUUAAAGCGAGUCAGCCCAGCUUAUCUCGCUGACAGCUGGAGGUAUGGAUGUAUGCCACUAAUAAGAUCAAGACACAUUCAAAAGUGACAAUUCAAUCUUUCGGUCAACGUCAGUCACCGUGUGAUAUGAUCUAUUCGUUGCAGGGCGUGUAGCUAAGAUAACGAUUCCUGUAUGCACAUAUCUUCGAAUUCAAUUGCGUGGCUCAGAAAGUGACCUUGUUUCCCACACAAUCAUCAGCAGUUCUGCAUGUACCCCCAUCCCGUCCCGAUCCUUGGCCUAAGCCAUGAUCCCUGUAAUCUUUUUAGUUCCCUGGCCCUAGCGCCUCGUAAGUUCAAGGUCAGAACCUGGGAGGGUGUGUCCGUCAAUCGGCCAUGUCCACGACCACGUCUAAUAAUUCAAGAUCAAUUCAUUCUCUUGACUCACCUUGUAAUGUCUAAUGUAUAUAUACCAUCUCUCAAUCUCCUCCUUUCUUGCUUCUGCUCCCCUUCAUAUCAUCUCAACAACAACAACAUAUCUCUACACGCUCAUCAAUCUUAUCAUAUCUCAAGACUCAACGCCUCAAAGAUCGGCACUACAACAUCAGCACCAUCAUUGGACAACAUCAUUCAAGCCAACAACAGCUAGCCUACCUAGUCAUUCAUCAGUCUAGCAGCUCCCCCAACUUGAUUUAAGAUCUUGUCGACAUCUGCUAGUCAUCUCGACUCUACUCAAUCUACUCUCGUCCGACUCAAACCACCACUUACAUCACUGUAUUUUGACACCAACAAUCACCAUGGCCACUACAAUCCAACCGCAAGAACCCCACAAGACUGGCUUUCUUGACCUCCCAGUCGAGAUUCGUCUGGAAAUCUACGACCAGCUCCUCCUCACAUCGCCUUACACCCGAUGUGGCCGACCAUGCCCUGAGCAAAAAGUCCACGCUUCUCUCCUCCGCACCAACCGCCAGAUUCACGAUGAGGCUACAGAUCUUCUCUACGGCUGCAAUACAUUCCUCUCUCAUCCCACACUGCUCACAUCUUUCCCCCGCCUCCGAAACUGGUACGGCCCCGUCAAGGAGUCGUCCAUCAUUCCAAGCAUCCGCCGCUUUCAUACCCAAGUCCGCCUCGACGUCGAUCUCCCCUACGACGCUGACGCUGUGACAAAGGCGUACAGCGGACUUGACGAGCUCACCAUUGACGUUGUUCAGUCGAUGUUCCUCGGUGUCGGAUAUCGCAAUCUACGCAUGUUUGAGGGUGUCAGGGGCGUCAAGAAGGUCAAUGUCACUGGCAGCACGACUGGCUUCGAGGACUACGUCGAAUGGCUCAAGAAGUGCAUGAUGACUGAACCUGGUGCCGAGGUUCCCGAGUAUGAACCUCAACAGCAAGCCGGUUGGAUCCAGAGAUUAGCUACUGUUCACUAUUAAGCUGCUUACUCUACUCUCUUCCCUCGUUCAGCGUGUCUGCUUCGGUGUAUGGGUUUGUUGGAUUUGAAACAACGGCGAACAAAAGCAUUAACGAAAGAAUCUGUCUAUUCAUUUAGGCUUUGGAGUUUUGGCAACUCAUAAUGGGAAUUUGAUUUAGAGAUUCCCACUGCGCAUAAUGAAAAGGCGCAUCAGACCAAUUUCAGCUGUCAACUAUAUUUUUGAUACUUUAUACAUAAUAGAAUUAUAUAAUUAUCUUAACCCAGAAAAUUACAUAUCAGAGUCUCGCUGUUUUAACAAAACUGUCACGAUAAUAGAUUGUUUGUUCUAUUGCGUCCACGCAACCAUCGCAAGAUGCUGGCAGCUCAUUUGAUUAAAUACGUAUUCAUUACGCCCGCAAGUUUGUUUAACGGCCAUCACACCAUUAAAAUAAAUGCGCGAAAGUGCUA